CAGGAAGUUGUUGUUGGCAGGGACUCUGCCAACUCUGAGCGCUCAUUAGCUGGAUAUCUCAUUUUAUUAACUAAAAUCCAACAUUUGCAGCUGAGGAGGGGGAAGGAGUAUACAGGAGACACCAUGUUGGUCCCCAUAUUCACUCUGAAGCUGAACCAUAAGAUUAACCCUCGCAUGGUGACUGUUGGGAAGUUUGAUGGAGUCCACCCAUGUCUUACUGCAGCCACACAGGCUGGAAAGGUUUUUAUCCACAACCCUCAUGCUCGUGGUCAGAGACCUGUGGCCCACCGACUGAGCCAGAGCACCCAGGACUCUGAUAUCUCUCUGCUCAACAUCAACCAGGCAGUCACUUGUCUGACAGCAGGGACACUGGGACCAAACACCGCUGGAGACACGCUGUUGGUGGGAUCUCAGACCAACCUGCUGGCCUAUGACGUCCAUGACAAUGCUGAUAUAUUCUACAGGGAGGUGACGGAUGGGGCCAAUGCUAUUGUGUUGGGAAAACUCGGGGACAUCCCGACUCCUCUUGCCAUCAUUGGAGGGAACUGCGCCUUACAAGGCUUUGACUAUGAGGGCAACGACCACUUCUGGACAGUAACUGGAGAUAAUGUCAGGUCUCUGGUGCUCUGUGACUUCACUGGGGAUGGAAAAAAUGAGCUCCUGGUAGGAUCAGAGGACUUUGAUAUCAGGGUAUUCAAAGAGGAUGAGCUUGUCUCUGAGAUGACUGAAAAUGAGACAGUAACAUCACUGUGUCAUAUGCAUGGAAGCAGGUUUGGCUAUGCCCUGGCCAAUGGCACUGUGGGAGUUUAUGACCGCACCGCCCGCUACUGGAGGAUUAAGUCAAAGAAUCACGCAAUGAGCAUCCAUGCCUUUGACCUGAAUGCAGAUGGGGUGGUGGAGCUUAUCACUGGCUGGUCCAAUGGAAAGAUUGAUGCUCGUAGCGACCGCACAGGCGAGGUCAUUUUCAAAGACAACUUCUCCUCUUCUGUGGCCGGAGUGGUGGAGGGAGACUACAGGUUGGAUGGACAGCAGCAACUUAUCUGCACCUCCAUAGAGGGGGAGGUCCGUGGUUACCUGCCGGCCAGUAAGGACCUUAAAGGGAAUCUCAUGGACUCCAGUGCUGAACAGGACCUCAUUAGAGAGCUCAGCCAGCGCAGACAGAAUCUCCUGCUGGAGCUGCGCAACUAUGAGGAGAAUGCCAAGGGUGUGUCAGAGACAAACAGUGGGGUGGGUGUCAUACCAGCCAAUACUCAGCUCCAGACAGCGCUGUCAGUGAGACCUGCUACAGAGGCCCAGAAGGCUCAUGUAGAGCUCAGCAUUUCAACACCAAAUGAAACCAUUAUCCGUGCAGUGCUCAUCUUUGCUGAGGGGAUAUUUGAGGGCGAGAGCCACGUUGUCCACCCCAGUGCCCAGAACCUCUCAGGCUGUAUCCGAGUCCCCAUUGUCCCCCCAAAAGAUAUACCAGUAGAUCUGCACAUCAAAGCCUUUGUUGGAGGGAAAACGAGCACCCAGUUCCACGUGUUUGAGAUCACUCGUCAGCUGCCUCGUUUCUCCAUGUAUGACAUCACAGUGGACUCCUCAGCUGCUCCGCCCCCUGGAAGGGUCACCUUCAGCAUCAACGACCGACCUCAGCGGGUGGUCAUGUGGCUGAACCAGAACUUCCUGCUUCCAGAGGGAGUCGACAGUCCGGAUGUCACUUUUAAUUCACUAAGAGGAGGGGGACUGUUGUCCAUCAGCAUGGCCAGCAAUGGACAAAUCACUCUGAGAACCGAUGACAUUGAUCUGGCGGGAGAUCUGGUCCAAUCACUGGCCUCCUUCCUGGCAAUAGAGGACCUGUCAGCAGAAGCAGACUUCCCUGGAUAUUUCGAGGAGCUACGGACCACGCUCACUGAGGUGGACGAGUUCCACUCCGUCCAUCAGAAGUUAACUGCAGCUAUGGCCGACCACUCCAACUACAUCAGGAACAUGCUGGUGCAAGCAGAGGAUGCUCGCCUUAUGGGUGACAUGACAACGAUGAAGAAGCGUUACAGAGAGCUGUACGAUCUCAACAGGGAUCUGGUCAACGAGUAUAAAAUCCGCUCCAACAACCACAAUGCACUUCUGGCCUGCCUCAAGUCUGUCAACCAGGCCAUACAGCGGGCUGGUAGACUGCGAGUGGGUAAGCCCAAGAACCAAGUGAUCUCCGCCUGUCGAGACGCCAUCAAGAGCAAUAACGUCAACGCACUCUUUAGGGUCAUGAGAGCUGGCACUGCAUCCUCCUGAGGGCAGAAGGAGGGGGGGAAUGCAGGAAUGGGCAUAUAGAUGGACGAUCGAAGAGGAGGAAUGAUCACAAGCACAACCGAUCAGCACUGUAAUCUUGGACUUUAUCUAUUUCAAGAUGCCUGAUAAAUGACGAGCCUGGGACACUUCAGACUGUGGAAUGGGGACGCUGUCGUAGCCUUAAUCUUAUUUUUUCCCCAUGAUUUAGGAAUAAGCAACAUUUGGCACCAGCUCCAUAACACUUUGACUGUCCUUGAAACUUGAAAUCCUGUUAGCUCAGAAAUAAGAUGCUGACCACAGGCUUAGUGCUUUGGUAGAGUUGUCAUCCAUCUCAGUUUGGUAGAGCUUGAUUUAGUGCAGUUACAGCUUUGCUAAAUAAUUGUCCAAAUGAGCGUAGGAGUCAGCAGGCAGGAGUGACACAUCAGUUUAGAGACUUCAGCUAGACCAAAACAGGGACUGGAGACUUUCCCCGAACUGAGUACAGUGAUGCUGUGGAGAAAAUCAUUUUAAUUCAUUUAACUGAAAGGCUCAACAUAUUGUCCAACUUAAGUCCCGCCCCUUUUUGCCCUGUGCUCCAAUAGCAGUCGAGCAAGCUUCGGUCAGAACCUCGGUCAACCUUCUCCUUUCCUGUUCUCAGAUAUGCUAUGUGCUAGGCUAGUCUAUGUUGAAAAAGACAACCACAUUUUGAAGAUGGUUAAAAGAUAAAUAUAUACAGUAUAUAGUCACAGUUUGUGUUUGCUAGCUAACGGUAACAAGCUACCAGCUAAAUAGCUAGCCAAUCUACGUCAGUCGUUUGCUAGCUAGUUAUAUAUGAAUGCUAAUGUUAGCAAAAAAUAGCUAACUAGCUUGCUAAUUUACAUUGAUUGUUGAUUGGUAGGUAUCAUCAUGUCGCAUAUAUAAAGGUUUAUAUUUAAACAAUCUGCAGAAUUUGGUUGUCUUUUUCAACACAGACGAGCUCAGCACGUAGCAGUACUAAGUACAGAAAAGGAGAAAUUUGACCGAGGUUCUGACUGAGGGUUGCUCAACUGUUAUUGGAGCACAGAGCAAAAAGGGGCGGGACUUAGGAAGGGUCAAAACAUGUCUUUUUCUUCAGUUACAUGCUCAUACAUACUGCCAGGCAGCAUCAGUAAACAGUUAUGCCUAAUAUCCGUCAAACUAGAGUUGUUCCAGGUGACUUUGUCUAAGAAAUGUUUAAACUUCAGAAAAGUCAUCCAAGCCAUCCGCAUCCACAAAGAAACAAGAGUUUGUAGAAAAUCUCCUGGAUCAGCACACGGACUGUUUAAUUCAGCUGACACAGCGAUGUUUAGAGAGAGCACAGCUGGAGCGAGACAGGGAGCAGCUCGCUCUCAGACCGAGAGCCGUGCCAUUGAAGUCACUGGUGGCGCUGAUCGUCUGUGUGACAGUCCGCUCACACUCAGUCUCUGCUCCCAGCUGUUGUGUGUUUUGUGUGGUGUUUGUAGCCAAAGAGAACUAUUGUAAAUUAAUGAAUGUCACAGAGGACCAAUGCUGUGUGUUUUAUCUUGUUUACCUUUUGUAGAUUGUACACAGAGAUUUUAAAUGUAAUUUUGUGUUUGACAGAUAAACUAUUAUUAAAUUAACUUGUGUUUUAAAA